UUUUGUUUUGUUUUGUUUAUGUUUUUGUUUUCCUAAGGUAGUGUUGCUUCAGCGGUGUAUUAGCCUUCUGGCUCCGUUAUUUGUCGUGUCAUUUAUAAAUGUGGAUGUUUCUUUAUUCUUCUGGCGCCUCGCUUGAUGUCGGCCUCCUGCGAAUUAAACGAAAGUCUUCGAUAAAGUCUUUCUGCACGCCUUUUAGGCAGGAACAGAGCACAUGUAUUCUCACUCGAGCUAAUAUGUUCAGUUGAAUAGUGAGCAGCAUAAUGCUUGCAUAGUAUAUGUAUACAGUAUAAUACUACUGCCACUACAAUUGUACACAGUCAUCCGUGUGUAAUGCAGGCAGCAAUUUUCUUAGGGAAGAACCCUACAUGUUCAGAGCACGGAAUCUCACUGCGAGCACAUAUGAUAAAUACACACGAGCACACAUGUUCGCGCGAUGUUUAUUUAUGAGUUUAUUUUUUGCCUAGUCAACAUGACGAACCGUAGUCUAAACAUUCCACACUGUCCCGCUGGUAAGUGAUGUGACACCUUCACCAGUGUUCAGAGACGUUCGGCUGAUCCCCACGUGAUCCAUGGGCAACGUCCCAAACCGCAUACUACCGUACUAAAUAGCAAGUCAAAAUAGUACCUCCGUAUGGCAACCCAACUAGUACUGUAGUAUGCUGUUUGGGACACAGCCACGAGAUGUAUUUAUUAAUGGAAUAUGUGACCUCACAUCUAAGACGGAUACACAGCUAAGUUGUAUCAAACUCAAGUUCAAAGUACAGUUAUCCAAUAGCACCUUUCUCAUGGUCAAAAGAAGAAAUGAGUCACUGGCUAAAAUGGAUCUUCUUCUGGAUAGUAAAUGCCAUUCCUUUUACUUUUGGCAUGGCAGUAAAUGAUAAAAUAGGCCAUUUAUGCCCUCCUUUAAAACUGGAGAAAAGAUGGUACGCCAACAUGAAUGACCGUCAUGAGUUUACAGGAUAUGAUUUGGCGGAAAAGUUUGUUCUUCGGAAGGGAACAAGUACAGACAACAGACCUUUCUUCAGACUAGGCAGCAAGCCCCUGGUUAAAGCUGCAGAGUUGGUGUUUCCGAGUGGGCUGUCUCAUGAGUACUCCUUGGUAACUACGUUCCGACUCAGAAAAACUACUAAGAAGGAUCGAUGGUUUCUUUGGCAGCUCUUUGACCAGGCUGGAGAAUUACAAGUAUCACUAGUAGUGGAUGGGGCUACAAAGGUGGUUGAGUUUUCAGCCAUGGGCUUUCUGAAGAAUAAACUCCACUAUGUAUUCAAAAACCGGGAUUUGCAUAUCCUCUUUGACCGCCAGUGGCAUAAGCUUGGGGUUUCUGUAAGAAGCAGCACUGUGGCAGUUUAUAUAGACUGUAAGCUGAUUGAGACACAUGUGACUGGCGACAGAGAUGCAGUAGACUUGGAUGGACGUGCACUUAUCACUACCAGGGUGGAGGAUGGACGACCAGUGGAUAUUGAGCUUCAGGAGAUUCUGAUCUUUUGUGAUUCCAGUGUGGCAGAAGAGGACAAUUGCUGUGAUGCAUCAGGAGACAUUUGUGGUGUUAGAGAAACCCAUGCUCCUACAGCUUCCCCAUUGCUCACAGGUUACCGCCACCAAAUGCUGUCCACACCAACCCAACAACCUGCUGAUCAAUGCCUAUGCCGGGGAGAGAAGGGAGAGCCUGGUCCUCAAGGUGAGACUGGACUUCCUGGGGCAAAAGGAGAUAUAGGAGAGAAGGGUGAUUCAGGAAAUAAUGGGUAUCCUGGUAUUCCUGGGCAGAAGGGUGACAUGGGCAUUGCGGGCGUGCCUGGCUUAGACGGACAUCCGGGGAAUAAGGGUGAGCCUGGGUCAGCUGGAGAACAAGGGAUUGAUGGUGAAAAGGGUGAAAAAGGAGCUACAGGAGAACCUGGUCCCGUGGGGACACCUGGACUGGAUGGUUUGAAAGGAGACCCAGGACCUGAGGGCCGACCUGGACUGAAAGGUGAUAAAGGAGAUGCAGGCCCCCCAGGUCCACCAGGGCUUUCUAAUAUAAAAGAAGGUCAAAAAGGAGAAAAGGGUUCCCAGGGUGUUGCUGGAGAAAAGGGAGAAGCUGGUUUACCUGGUCCGCCGGGAGUCCCAGGAAAAGAGGGCAAAAGGGGUCGCCGAGGACAUUCAGGGAGGCCUGGUAUUCCAGGACCACCGGGGGAGAAAGGAGACCCAGGUGUGAUGGGAGAUAUAGGACAGAAAGGGGAGAAAGGGGAUGCAGGUCAGCCUGGUCAAGAGGGUGCCCUUGGCAUUAAAGGACAGAAGGGUGAAGUUGGCCCCAGAGGACCCCCAGGCCCAGUGAUGACAGCGCAUGGGCUCAGACACCUCUCUGUACCAAGUGAAGCAGGGGAGAAGGGUGAGAAAGGGGAAAAGGGAGACCUGGGUGAAAAAGGCAUACCAGGGCUGCCAGGUGUCAAGGGAAAUGAUGGAUUGCCAGGACAAAUGGGAAAGCCAGGUCCACAGGGCAAAGAAGGACUACCAGGUCCUGCUGGACUUCGUGGUCUUCCAGGAGAUAAGGGAUUAGUAGGGGAGCCAGGAGCACCAGGGAGAGAUGGAGAGAAAGGACAGAAGGGUGAUGCCGGUGGAAUCCAAGGGCCACAAGGCCCACCAGGUCCCAAGGGUGAGCCUGGAGGUGGAGCACUUGGUUAUACUGCAGAGGUAGUACCUGGACCAAGAGGAUCAAGAGGGCCAAAGGGAGAGAGGGGAAUGCCAGGGAUACCAGGAGAGCCAGGAGAGAAAGGAAAACCUGGUGUGGGAGUUCAUGGUCCACCUGGCAUGAUGGGACCAAAGGGGGAGCCAGGAGUAGAGGGUCCUCGUGGCCCUCCAGGUUUACAAGGUCCUCCUGGAGCCCCAGGAAGCCAGGGACCUCCAGGUCGUGAUGGCAGACCAGGACCUCCAGGUGAACCAACAGCACUGCCAAUUGUUGGAGAUGUUGGCUCACUUCUGAAGGAGCUAUGCUACACCGCUUCAGCGUACCAUGAGCCCUCUUCCCAUCUGCUCCAUGUCUCAGUGGUGUUGAAUGCCUGCAGUGUGUGCCAGACAAGAUUACCAGGAUUACCUGGACAGAAAGGAGAGAAGGGAGCACCUGGAGCUCCUGGUGGAGAGGGCAUUCAAGGAGACAAAGGUGAUCAUGGUCUAAGAGGUCCAGUUGGUAACCCAGGAAAAGAGGGUCCUAAGGGCGUGAAGGGAGAGAGGGGGUUUCCUGGCCCAAUCGGGGACAAAGGUGAUGAGGGUCCUCCUGGUGUGCCAGGACUUCCAGGUGCAACAGGUCAAAGUGGCCCUCCUGGUCCCAUUGGCAGGCCUGGAAUUUUGGGCCCAGCAGGACCCAAGGGGGAACAGGGCAGCAAGGGUCCACCAGGCAGGCCUGGACAUCCUGGACCUCCUGGUGUCCCCUAUAUGGAUGGGAAUGGAAUGAGCAGUCUAUACAAGCUUCAGAGUGGAGGACACCCAGGACCACCAGGACCUCCGGGGCCCAAAGGGGAUGAAGGGAAAGUAGGUGAACCGGGGCCAAUGGGAUUGCCAGGCUUUGAAGGACUGCCUGGAGCUAAAGGAGACCCUGGCAUGCCUGGUCCACCUGGAGUCCCAGGCCCUAUUGGGAAACCUGGUGCUCGUGGUGAGCCAGGAAUCCCAGGAGAACCAGGAGCUCGAGGGCCUGUGGGAGAGACAGGUUUCCCUGGACCUGAAGGCCCUCCAGGUGUAUCUGGUAGACCUGGAAAAGAUGGGAUUCCUGGAUAUGAGGGACCACCUGGCAGGCCUGGUGAUAGAGGUUCCAAAGGAGAGCGGGGUGAUCCUGGGAUCCCUGGAGAGAGAGGUGUUCAGGGAGAGAGGGGACGACCUGGAGAAAGAGGGCCUUCUGGGAUCCAAGGCCUGCCUGGUGAGAAAGGACAUCCCGGUCCACCUGGUCCUGUAGGAUCACUGCUGAAUGAUUACAACGCCAUGAAUGAAAUUAAAAUGUUCAUCCAAAAUGAAGUAUUGCGUGUCUUUGAAGAAAGGUUAUCGAGUUACACCAUGCUGGAAAAGGUGCCAGCGGCAAUAUUGGCUGCACAUGGCCGCCGAGGCCCCCCAGGGCCACCUGGGAAUGAUGGGUCCCCAGGUCCACCUGGAGAGCCAGGACCUCCAGGCCCUCAAGGCUAUCGAGGACAGAAAGGGGAGAGGGGUCAAAUAGGCCUGGGGAUCCUAGGUGCACCAGGCCCUGCAGGCCCACCAGGUCCACCUGGAAUAGGACUCCCAGGGCCUCAGGGCCCACAAGGAAGAUGCGAACCAGAUGACUGCACCCAUGCUUUGCCCCACACCAACCGGGAGGUUUAGAAUCCAUUCUGUAGCCUCUCAGGCAAAGUCAAGUGUGGAUCCCACAAAGAGCAAAAGUCCACCUCUUACUCAGUAUAAAACAGCAGCCACUGACACAGGAAAAAGAGCAUAUCGUCCUUGAUGUGUUGCCAAAUCCAUGGCUCAUUUUUACAAUCAGCAUAGCACCUCAGUUUCUGUUCAUUAUUACUUGCAUAAUUUUCUCCCAUGUGUGACCAAAUGUAUUACAUACUAGACAGUUAUUCUCAGGGUUUUUUUUUUUUUUUUUUUUUUUUUUUUUUUUUUUUUUUUUUGAAAGGGCAGGAUAUAUAAGCUAGGUUCUUAAAAUCAUAAAUUCUUAUUUACCUCAGCUUUUUAUGCAAGAGAAACAAAAUAGAUUAAUUACAGGUGUGAUGAAACUACAGAAUAUUAAUAGAGCAUAAAUAUGAUAAUGCAUAUUGUGUAAGUAUAGUGUGUUUAGCUUAAAAAGUAUGAAAGAUUUUAUUUAUGUGUAGGUUCGCAAGUGUAGGCCAGAGCAUUUGGGAAGGGCACUAUUCUUGACAAUGAAGAAAGGUUUUUUAUUUGUUUCUUUGUUUGUUUGUUUCACCAUCAUUACUGUAAAUAUGGUGGCCAUUUAUUAAACAUUUUUCUAUAUCUGUGGAUGAGCAAUUUUACUGCUUUCAAUAUAUUGGAACCUAACAUUAAAAAAGCAUGUUACAAUGGAAAAAGAACAGUAUUCAACUGAACUACACAAUACAGUAGGUUAAAACAAGAUUGGUUUAUUUUCAUGUUUAAAAUGUGAGGAAGGGAGAAGCAUUUAUUGUUUACAAUAGAGCAUGCAAUCGAAUCUUCCCACCCAGCUAUUGAAUUUGAAUUAAUUCAUGCUGUAUGUAUAUUUUGAUUUGGCUGUAUUUCAAAUGCAAAUACUAUACAGUUGAUAAUUUUAUGCAAUGCUGUUUUUAUUUUACAAUAUUUACCAUCUUUGUCUGGUCUUUAUAAGGUACUUGAACAUUUGUCAACAUGCCAUAUCCAUCCUUAUCUACACAACUCAAAUGUUUUUCAAAUGUUAUACAUUUUUACUGCAUUGGAUUAAGAUGUGUCUAUGCAAAUUGUUUCAUUAUUUAGUAAUGUUUUGAUUAGUGCAAGGGUUGGGACUUUUUUUUCAAUUAAAAAAGACCCUUUAGA